GUGGAGACAGGACAAGGGGAAACGGCCAGAAACUGCAGCAUAGGAAGUUCUGCACAGAUGUGCAUAAGAACUUCUUUACAGUGAGGGUGACGGAGCACUGGAACAGGCUGCCCAGGGAGGUUGUGGAGUCUCCUUCUCUGGGAUAUUCAAGACCUGCCUGGACACCUUCUUGUGCGAGCUGCUGUAGGGAACCUGCUUUGGCAGGGGAUUGGACUCGAUGAUCUUUGGAGGUCCCUUCCAACCCCUACAAUUCUGUGAUUUUGUGAUUCCUGUAGUUGCCUCAGAACCUCAGCUUAAUGGUGUUUUUUUGUUGUUGUUGUUGUCCUUUGUUGGUUUUGUUUGUUUAAAUAAAGUGAAAGCCUAAUCCACUCUACUUGUAUAUCUUCUUUUAUAGCUUUGAGGCAGAGGUCAUCUUCUCGCUGUGUUUGCUCUUUAAAAACCAGAAAUCCUGAUGGGAGCCUGUUUGCAACUUUGCAAUACAAAAAAUCAUCAUUUGGAGGAUUCCAGCACGAGAUUUCUGGAGUCUGCUGUAUCCAGCCAUAAUGAGUUCCUCACUGGUUGCUUAUGAUGAUUCAGACCCUGAGGCAGAAACUGAAAAAGCUGAUGAUCUCAGUACUAGCAGACAAGCAAGCCUUCCGAGUUCUUCUGCAAAUCCUGUUCAGCACUUUGCACCUGGUAUUUUGAAUACAAAAUCUACAUAUGAAACGCAGCUUACUGAGAACACUGGCAAUUUUGACAUGAGCGUUGUUUGUGAAGAUCCCCCUGAGCGUUAUGCACUGAAUAAUAACAGUGAUUUGACAUCUUAUUGUAGGAGAGCGUCCUCUAGUCCUACUGCAUUAUGUAUGUUCUACAAAAACUAUGAACAGACAUUGAGCUCUUCAAGAAACUCUGGAAAUGGUGCUUCCCAGAAGAGAACACAUGAAGAUAGUCCAACUGCCCCAAAAGGAAUCAGACCAUAUAUCCCUAAAAGGUUACGUCAAGAAAAUUCCAGUGCCUGUGAAAAAAAGGAGUCUGAUCAAAGUGAGAGCACCAGUUGUGAUGUGAAGCUAGACAUAUCAGGAGAGCAGACAGUGAGAAAGAUAUCUGAAUUAAUUAAGCCAUAUUUAGGAUCCAGGUAUAAAUUAACUGAAGUUCCAAAAAGCUUAAUAUUUCGUAUGUCUAAACACAGCGGCCCUGUUAAUGCAAUCCAGUGGUGUACUGUACGAGAACAAAGUCAUAUGCUUCUCUCAGCUUCUAUGGAUAAAACAAUAAAGGUAUGGGAUGCUGUGGACACAGGUGGUUGUUUGAGGACGUUUUCCUGUCAUUCCUGUGCUGUCCGAGCUGCCCAGUGGUCAUCUUGUGGAAGAAGGAUCCUCAGUGGCGGCUUUGAUUCCAUGCUGCACCUAACAGAUGUGGAGACAGGGAGGCAAAUCAUCAGCAGUAAAAAUGAAUUUAGAAUCAGCACACUGAAGUUCCACCCUACAGAUUCGAAUGUUUUCAUUUGUGGAGGAUUCAGUCCAGAAGUUAAAGCAUGGGAUAUAAGGAUUUGUAAGGUGACAAGAGUGUACAAAGCUGCAGUACAACAGACUUUGGAUAUACUCUUUCUUCCUGAAGGAAAAGAAUUUCUUACAAGCACAGAUGCAGUAAGCCGAGACUCAGCUGAUCGUACCAUCAUUGCAUGGGACUUCCAAAGUGCUGCAAAAAUUUCCAAUCAGAUUUUUCAUGAGCGUUACACUUGUCCAAGUCUGGCUCUGCACCCAAGAGAGUCUACAUUUGUUGCUCAGACAAAUGGGAACUAUAUGGCAUUGUUUUCCUCCCAGCGACCUUACCGAAUCAACAAAAAGAAGAGAUAUGAAGGGCAUAAGGUGGAAGGAUUUGCAGUGGGCUGUGAAUUUUCUCCGGAUGGAACACUUUUGGUGACAGGAAGUUCAGAUGGCAAAGUGUUUUUCUACAACUACCAUACUUCUAGGAUUGUUCGUACUUUGUCGGCACAUAGAGAAGCUUGUGUGAGUGCAGUAUUUCACCCAGUAUUGCCAUCACUCCUUGCGACUUCUGAUUGGGCUGGAGAAAUCAUGAUCUGGCAAUAACAAGCAAAAUAACUUUUCAUCCAUCAAAGAGCUUGGUAUUUCAGAGGGAAUAAACCAUGAUAUGCAAUGUGAUAUUUGUUGUGAUGUGUUGCAGGCAGCAGAGACUGUUAUCUUUUCUUCUUGGACCACUAGACAUAUGCUUUCAUAAUGCAGUUAAGAGGAUUCUGUGAUUAGCUGCUGAGCAAAUAAGUGUUCUCUCUCUCUCUCUCUCUCUCUCUCUCCCUCUCUCUUUUUCUCAUUGAGCCCUGGUGACGAAUUUCUGCCCUUUCUGUGCCAAUAUUCUGGUAUUUAUCUAGUCCAACCCUGGUGUGAGAAUUUAGACUUGAAGAGAAUUAUUGCCCUUCUUAUGUAGCUUUUAUUUUAGCUUUCUUAAACCAGACUGUCACUGGCUUAGCUCCUUGCCCUGGUCACUCGUGCUGGUCAAGCAGUGCUAUAUUUCCUUGUUGAUAUACAGUUCAAGGCAAAACAGCAUCUUACAUGCAAGAGAGGGAAGAUCACAAGACAGAUGGGACUGACUUUUCUGGAAACAGGCAGUUAUUACCAGCCCGACUUCCUGUAAAAUGCUCUCUCAGUUUUAAGGGAAAAACUUGGAGCUAAUUAUGAAGUCUCUAAGUCUGUGCUCCUGGGAUUCCUAUGUUUAAGACUGAGUUUUGAACUGAAUUUUUAUAACUGUAUGUUAUUGAAACAAAACUAUAUGUAAGUAUAAAACUUUUUUUAAUACAAGGUGUCUGUACUUCAUUGUUUUACUCCUGUUAAUGUUCACAAAUCUGUACUCAGAAUUGCCAUGAAAUUGAUUCUGUGUGUGGGGAGUGGGAUAAUUAAUAUGCCACCUAGAUUUAUUGCAAAUGCAAUGCAUUUCUCCAUACCUCUUAAUGUCCUUUACAGGUAGAAAAUUGUCUCUGUGCCAUUCUGUGAAGGGGAUGUUCUUUGACAUUCAGAUUGUAGCUGGGCCAUUUUGAGGCAAAUAGAGAAUCUUUUCAGCCAUAAUACUGUAUACUUGCAUUUUUCAUAUGUAGCAUCUUAAAUUCUUCUAAUUUGUUUUCAUUGGCAUGAAUGGAAGGUGAGGUUUUUAUUUUAUAUACCAUUUUUAAAUGCGCUGUGGAAAUGGAUUUUUCAGGAACAAAAAUCGGAACACUCUUGAAAAUGGCAGAUUCUUAUUAAGAAAUAAGAAAAAUGUACUCCA